AUGCUUGGACCAGGAGGCUGGACUGACGCUGACACACAAGUGCGCGGGUCUCAUACUGAGCCCCGCUUGAUCGUGGCCGAAGUGUCCCGACCUGUUGGACAACUCAAGGCUAAGCUUAAGCAGCUCAAAGCAAGAUUGGCCCUGUUCAACCACUGGAGGACACGAUUUCAAGUCGUUCUUGUGAUCGUUGUGAAUGGCCCAGACCAGGCCUUCCGCAUGGCUCAGCAGGAUGUCCAGACUUCUUCCUUCAAUGUGACCAUCGUACACUGGAACGACCAGGUGGCCAGGUGGUUCAAUCUUGGAAGGCGGAGGGCAGGGCGGAGGGCAGGGCGGAGGAACGGGAUCGUUUGA